AAAUGUCCACAUGUAACAGUGAUAUUACAUAUCAUGGCUGACUCAAGUUCAUUUAUCAGUGGUAACCACUUCAACAGCAUCAUGACAUCCAGCCUCUCGCCUACUGCCUGAAGUCCCAGUUCAUUUUUGGCAUACAGUAGCUGGGCUUGUGGCACACAUAGCAAUGGCCCCUUUAGUCCGAAGUACACCUAGUCAUCACGGACACACCUCGCCAAUCGUUCCCGCUAACAGGCUGUGGUUGCAUCAGUGAGCCUUCGCUGAGGUGGAGGAGUAUCUCUGCUUCGGAGACUAAAGGAGCUUUGGGAACCCCUGCGGGCCCUCAUAAUUAGAUACAAGGUGGGACUGGUGAUACAGUGCAUGUUCCCUAUAGCUAUGCAGACAUUGAGCACCACGUACUUCACCUCCUCACACCGGCCAUGGGAGCGGUAGUAAAUGGUGCUUGCAAUGAAGGGUAGCCAGCAGCACAUAAAGAACGUGGCAGUGAGAAAGGUCAAGACCUGUGCCCGUUUCAUCUUAAGUCCAAACGAAUUCCGUUUCACGUGCUGUCUGACACUGUACACUAUCAUGCCGUUGCAGUAAACGAGAACGACAAUAGGUAUGAUGAAACAAAUGCUCAUCCUCACCCAGAAGACUGUAAGCCAGAGACUCGGAUGCAUACCGUUGACACAGAUCAUGUUAGUCUCGGAUAUGGGACGAACAGUGUAAUAGCAUAUGUCCAAGAGAGCCGAGAGCACGGGUAAACAGGCACACGAUCGAGCCACGAUUCUCCUUCUGCUUGCCGCACGUCUGUUCACCAGACACUUCAGUGUUGUCCUGUUGUGUACCACCUUCAUGUAUCUCUCUAUGUUGAUAUAGACCAUGAGAAGUAUUCCGUACUGGAAACAGAACUGUAAGGAAUAAGGGAACAAAGGACAUGUCGUUACUUGAGCUGGUUGGACAUGCUUAUGUGUACAUGUCCUCACGGGCUAAGAUUGCUGUUACCUACCGAGAUCACCCCUUUCAGCAGUUUGCACAUCACGAAGCCAAACACCCAGCCCCUCACGAGAAUCGUCUGCGUAACCCACACCGGGAUAGUCAGCAAAGUGGCUAUGUCACAGACCCCCAGAUGUGAAAAUAAGACAUCGACAUCACUGAGGACCUUCCUUUGCCUCCCCGAAUACUUUGAACAGGAACAGUAGAGCGUGAUGACCAUGUAUAAAUUGACAACCAAGCCCGUGACCAUAACCAGCGUGUGAAAGAAAGGGAUGUAAAUGGUGCGGCUGUAUUCAUAGAGACUAUAACAAUGUGAAUCCGACUCUGGGUAGUGUGAUGGUCUAUUCAACAUUGUAACAUUAUCCAGUGUGACAUUGGCAAGUGAGUCCAUUGUAGAGUUGUAGGUAUAGCAGGCCACUGACACCUUUGGUAACAGGACACGAGCCUUUAUAAGACAUGUCUAUGGUAAGUGGAACUGUAGAGCCAAGCUCAUUUGUCCAACCAAAAAAUGUCACAUCUAUGGAGUUCUGGAUGUCCAACCACUGCUGGUGAUCCAACCAAUGGAAUUUGGAGCAUCAAUACAAAGCUCCUUCGUCCAACCACUGCUGGAUAUACAAAGCUCCUUCGUCCAACCACUGCUGGAUAGCCCAAUCCCUGCUGUGACAUUGAAGGAAAUGUUACACGUAUGGCCUUCUAAACAUCCAAACGCUGCUGAGUACCCAAACAUUACUCCUACUAAAGAGCCUCAUUCACUAGUAUAGAUAUACAUUUACCCUUUAACACACCUCAUAAGUGAUAUCGGCCUCUCCCUUCACCUCUACUAUGGCGGAUAGUGUGUCUGUGGACGUCACCUCCUCAUGUGAUGCAUGGUGUGGGCAUGUGAGUCAUGAACCAGUCUCUUCAGAGAUGAUCAAGAAGCUUUACUUGAACAAGGCUGGUGUUGAUGAUGAAUGUGAUGACGUUUGGGAAGGUGCAGCUGUGUUCAUGGACAGUAUGUUGAAAGAAACACCUCUACGUUUCCAGUACGGAAACAGUUGUUUUACCGAUUUGAUAGAAAACAUGUCACAUCUAACUGUGUCCGGGAUGAAUGACAUCCUAGCAGUGGGCAGUGGGUUCGGGUUAACCGAAUGCUACAUUGCUUACAAGGUUCUUGGUGCAACGACAGUUCAUAUAACGGACAUCGAGCCUCCUCACCGCAUGGUGGAAAAACUGUCCUGUGUCGACGCAGUUGAAAAGUACACUGGAGCGGACACCUUGAUGUUUAUAUACCCCUGUUUUCAUGCUAGCGGCUACGAAGGAGUCAUCCGAACAUUCAAAGGGCAGUACAUUGUACUGGUAGGGGAGAUGUGUGUCUCUGGCCAUACCAAUCCUGGUGGUCUUUUGGAACAGAUUAGUGAUUGUUUCGAAAAAGUUGCACAUGUGGAUAUGCGUCGAGCGAAACGCUCUUAUGGGUGUCGCGAGAGUCUGGCCAUAUACAGCAGACGUUCGUAAAUGUGAAACGGGGUGUAGUUCAUGAGCCUAGCCUGUUGAGCCACUAGUCACAGUUCCAUUUGCCGUAUAUCUCUACAAUUGUCCAACCUCUUGUCUUUUACACUACACCAGGAACUGUUCUGACCUAUUAAAGUCUCCACAUUUUUGCAGACAGCACAAUCUCAUUCCAGAUCGUAUCAGAUAGUUAAGUCCUACUGCAUAUUCUAUGAUGGCCAAAGUCCUGGUGGACCAGCAGCGACAUGGCCUUGACACAGGGAAACUGACUGUACCGAUAGCUUUGUGUUCCACUCGAUCGAAGCUGGAAAGACACACUCGGGAGCUUCUAGACCGUAUGAUCGCACUGAAUAUGCCUCCACCCAUUUUCAAACUGAACUGCACCGUGAGACUUUCAGGCUUUGCCAGAUACAAGACAACUAUGACCUGUCUAGGUUUUCCAGGAUUGAAUAGAACCUUGAACGAGAUACAGACACUGCGCUCUGAACACCACACCUUCCAUCGCCUUAUGCAGGAGGUACAAGCACCGUGUGUUUAUUAUCUGGAGAAGGGGAGAUGUGCCGUCAGUGAGCCUCAAACUCCGCUCAGCUCGGAGUUCAUCUGCCCCAGACAAAUGGACAACACAGACUUCGAUUUAACAAUCACCUUAAGCGUCGAUCAAGCUCUCACGCAUCACACCAACAUUGAGGUCAACAACAACUGCUCCGAUGAUCUCAAGGAGACCUUGACAAUGGGCAUUCAUGAGGACCUUUGUAAGGUCUGGAGGUCUAUGGAGAGGGUUGUCUAUUAUGUGUUGUUAAACACCUUCCAAGCGGUCUUACAAGGACACCAGUGAACGACACACAGAAGGCGUGACUGGUCUAUAUGUGUGUCUAUGUGUGAAUGAAUUACCUGGUGUUCAUAACUGUCAGUCUUUUUAACUAUGCUCCUACCACUACCCCUAUAGUGCUUUUACAGUAGACAUUCCCUUGCCUGGAAGCCUUGUGACUUGAUGUUUCAUGGAAGCACUUUUAUCAAAUGUUUUGGUUUUGUAACAUAUAUUAUUGCUGUAAUAGAUACAUCCUUGCCAAGGGAGUGUAACAUCUAUCCAACCGUAACUCAUAUACUUAGCAGUCACUCCGGUCAAUAAUACUGCAACUGGUUUGAAUCCCAGCACAGUCAGCACAGGUGAUACAAUGUCGAACACAAGAGGUGCUUACGGUACUUUCUCUGUGGAUUACGUAGUAAUUAGAGGGGGUAAACAGGAGCUCGACUCACAUGGUCUGUUUACGAAUGACACUGUGAUGGAUAAAGACUUUAAGUACGACUUCUUAGUAGACCUGGACUCGUCGUAUAGGGGAGAGUACAGCUCUGUUCUGGACCAAGAGCUGCUUGUUCAUGAAUACACACGGUACAUAACCAAUAGACUGAAGGGCUUUGAAAGCACAUGGCAGCAGGAGGAACGGCGCGUACUGUUUGUGUCUUCCAGUUACAUACCCAGACCCUUGAUCUCGAUCACAGGAGCUAGGAAGGAGAUGAUAUCCUGUUUUCUCAAGUGUUUCAACAAGGUGUAUGUGGUGAACGGAGAGUCAUUGUGCAACCCGGUGUUUGUGGACAAGUGGAGUGCUGAACAACAGCUCCCUGACUAUCUGCUGGAUGCUGAUGCUGUUCUGGACAGUUACAUACCUGUGCCCUUGAGCAACGCAAAACGUUUAUCACUCAUGUCUGGCGAGCAGGAGGAGGACAUUCAAUUGGAUACGUAUCUCCUGUAUACAGAGGGCCAUAUCACGUAUAUCACAAUGUCUCAGUAUGUGACGCGUCUUAGGCUACAGUGGAGAUCUAAGGCUGGAGUGUUCGAGAGGAAGCGUAACUGUCAGUAUGUGGUACAGCCCUGUGGUGGAAUUGUCUUUAUCCGUGAAUUUCACUCCUUGAAGAGUGUGUUUCUCUUGAACAAACUUAUUUCCUUGUUAGCGUAUAUAUUUUGAUCCUGAUUCAGUAGGCUAUGUAGCAUAUACAUGUGGGUCUAUAUGUAUCAUUUAUUGUAAUAAACAGUGACACCUGCGUAUGAGACUUUGUAUUUCGUUUCACACUCAACACUUUGCUACUAGUCCAGCAUUCCCAUACCUGAUCCUGUGUCCACAUACAUUGGUUGGAUAUAUGGGGUAACCACUCUCUUUACACAUCCAGAGCUACAACGUUAUCAGUGUUUUGGUGACAGAGCUAGGAUGAAGCUCUCUGGAACCCAUGUACGUGGACAUGUCAGUUGUAUGUAGCUUAAUCAUACCCCUCGUAGACUUCACUUUGGGUAGGUUGAAUCAGCCAUGGGUGGAUGAUACAUAGAUGGCAGGGGAAGGGGAUGUGUUUCAUGGGGUAUAAAAGGAAGCAACUGCUCCUGCAGGAGCCAUUCAUAGGCUGCACUCUCUGUAAACACAGUCAAGACUCCACUCUGUCUAGCACUUGUAUAGAACCGGCCACUAUGGAAAUGCACAUUGUUAUCAACGUGUGUAUGCUGUUCACUGCAGCAAGUACAUUUGAGUGUUGUGCGUUGACAAGAGCGCCAGGUCUUACACCUGAGAGACCUGAACCCAUCACCAUUGUAGCAACAAUGGGAAACACUGUCAAGUUGCCGGGAUACUUGGAGAGUCCCGCUGAGCCUUUCUAUAAAGACAAUAACGUUGUGUAUGCUAGGGAACACAUAUAUGAGGUUACGGCGACCCCAGUGGGGUCCCAGGUUAUAAUUCGCUUCCUCACGUGCACCGACGAAGGCACUUACAGGAUAGGAAAUGAGACCUUCACUCUGAGUGUGAAGUCAGGCACAUGUGCUAUGUUCUACUAUACUGCCAAGGUUGACACGGUUAAGAGGGCAGCCUUUGUUAAGCCGCUGAAUGGUGUCAUUACAAUCUCUAUGCUCUACAUAGAACCUGGAAAUCGCAACAUGUGGAGUUUAAUUGAAGUGUGGAAUGACACUAUGAGCAGAAUGUUAAGCCCACACCAGUGCUGUUUCAUUAUCAAUGAAGGCACCACGUUCGGGGGAUAUGGUGAUAAGCAAUACCAUUAUUUCAUGUAUCAGAGACAUGGGCAAGCUGACAUGUCAUGCUCCAAUGUCCAACUAGCAGCCUCGGCGCGUGCCACCACCACUACAACAACCCGAAGAAACCCAAUGUUGACCAUGCCAGAUCUGAAGGAGUUGGAGGAUGUGAGGACACCGGUGAAACUGCUCAACAUCAGUGACAGUAUACGGAACCUGAAGAGGAUGAUAGACGGAUUGGAAAAGUCUUGGCCGUCUGCUGGAACUAACCUCCAAACACACAUCCUUACACCACUGUUCAUUACGAUGGCAACGCUGAUCAUGUCCAUUUAGUCAUGUGCCGAUUAUAUCUGUUGCUUGUCUUGUGUAGUGCAAGCAAUAGUGUACCCUCUACUGUUGGACUUUUGUAUAUAACACUCACAUAUAGGACGCAUGUGAUGCAUUUCUUAUUAAAUCAUUUAUUGAUGAUAUAUCUGCUUUUGUGACAGUACAAUGAUACCAUAUCAAUCAUGAAUGUAUAAGGAUAUUGAAUAAAACAUGUAA